CGACUUGUAAUGGAUUCGGUACUUAUCCUACCCACUCCAUCAUACAGACUCUAGAAAACUCCCAAAAUGUUUAAAAACCUACUUAUUCCUUCAACCAGACUGUUUGAUGAAAUAUACUUAUAUUUAUGCGGUCAUGAGCAAGUUUCUGUGUCUUUAUAAAACAGAACCGGUUAGCCUUCUCUCUCUUUCACACCACCGAAAAACUUCAAUCCAUUCAAAAACUCCCACAUCAAUAAUUCUUCCGAGUAUUUCCGAUCUUUAUAGCAUUUUUCUAUUAGAAUUUUUCAGAGAUGGAUAUACAACUCCAUAGAUGACUAUGCUUUGGAUUUGUUUCUCAUCUUGGUUUUGCUGAUCAUCUGGUGGUUCUUAGAAUGAGUAUGUUACCAUGAUCAACCAUGAAAUUAUGAGCGUGGCAACGCAUAUUAUGGUAAUGGCAAUUAUCCUAUCGGUCGUAUUGUUGUUUGUGGGGAUUGGAUUGUUGGUCAUAGUCCAUGUUUGCAUAGUAGGAAGGGCUUUCAGAAGCGGGUUUGGUGAUGUUUCAGUGGUGGAAAGGGCUAGCGGUGGAAACAGAAGCAUGUCAAGGGAUGAUUUAGAGAAGCUUCCUUGCUAUGAUUAUAUAACCAAAGACACAGCGAAUAGUAGUCCGGUGGACUGUGCAGUGUGCUUGGAGACCUUCAAGAUGGGUGAAAAGUGCAGAUUGUUGCCGUUUUGCAAGCACAGUUUUCAUGCUCAGUGUGUGGAUGAAUGGCUUUUAAGGACCCCCAUUUGUCCAAUCUGUAGAAGCUCUGCAGAUUCUCGCAGAGGAGGAGGAGAUGAAAGUGGGUGUUUCAGUGAUAUUAGUGUUGAAUUGAGAGGAAGCCAAACAACAACAGGAAGCAGCAAUUUGGGAGAGAGUCAAAGAGUAGAAAGUAACCAAUUCAGUGAGUUGAGAGACAUCCAAACACAGGAAAGCAUAGAGUUGAGUGUUGCUAUAUCUGAAUCAGAUGAAAGCCAAACAAGUAUAGGUGGGAACCAAUCCAUUUCCAAUAAUAUUCCAACUGCUCUGCCUCAAGAAGAUGUUCCAGGAAGACUGCCUGUAUGAGAUUGUUUUGGCAUUUUUUGGUUUUUUCUCUCCUUUUUUUUUUUUUUUUUUUUAGGUGAACAAACUGUCUGCUUGUUUGGUGGAUAUGGGUGUUCCAACUCCUUUUUUAUUGUAGCAAAAAAAAUGAUAUAUUGAUUGCAGACUUUGCAGCUUAAAAACGUUUUAAGCUCUGCUUUUGUAAAAAGGAAAAA